UAUGUGAUCUUAUAUGUUAUUUCUCCUUACAGGCGCCUCCACCUCAAUAAGAAAGCCACAGACAAACAGCCAUAUAGCAAACUUCCUGGUGUUUCACUUCUCAAGCCGUUAAAAGGUGUGGAUCCUAACCUGAUCAACAACUUAGAAACCUUCUUUGAACUGGAUUAUCCAAAAUAUGAAAUACUGCUCUGUGUACAAGAUCAUGAUGAUCCAGCUAUCGAUGUGUGCAAAAAGCUCCUUGGCAAAUACCCGAAUGUUGAUGCUAGACUGUUCAUAGGUGGCAAGAAGGUUGGCAUCAACCCCAAGAUUAACAACUUAAUGCCUGGCUAUGAAGGUGCUAAAUAUGAUCUCAUAUGGAUUUGUGAUAGUGGUAUCAGAGUAACACCGGACACACUGACAGAUAUGGCCAAUCAAAUGACUGAAAAAGUAGGCUUGGUCCAUGGGCUUCCCUAUGUUGCAGACAGACAGGGUUUUGCUGCAACCCUUGAACAGGUUUAUUUUGGAACGUCACAUCCAAGGUCAUAUAUUUCAGCCAACUUAACUGGCUUUAAGUGUGUAACAGGAAUGUCAUGCUUGAUGAGGAAGGAUGUCUUGGACCAAGCUGGAGGAUUGAUAGCUUUUGCACAAUAUAUUGCUGAAGAUUACUUUAUGGCCAAAGCUAUAGCUGACCGGGGCUGGAAAUUUGCGAUGGCCACACAAGUUGCAAUGCAAAACUCUGGUUCAUAUUCUAUUUCUCAGUUUCAGUCCAGAAUGAUCAGGUGGGCCAAACUGCGAAUUAAUAUGUUGCCUGCCACUAUAAUUUGUGAGCCAAUCUCGGAGUGCUUUGUUGCCAGUCUAGUUAUCGGAUGGGCAGCUCAUCAUGUGUUUAGAUGGGAUAUAAUGGUAUUUUUCAUGUGCCACUGCUUGGCGUGGUUUAUAUUUGACUACAUUCAACUAAAAGGUGUUCAGGGUGGUGCUCUGUGUUUUUCAAAACUUGAUUAUGCAGUAGCUUGGUUCAUCAGAGAAUCCAUGACAAUUUAUAUUUUCCUAUCUGCUUUGUGGGACCCUACUAUUAGCUGGAGGACAGGACGCUACAGAUUACGUUGCGGCGGCACUGCAGAAGAAAUUCUUGAUGUAUAGCCACAGCUUUGUUAACCAUGAAUGUCAAAAAGAGAGCAGGGAAGG